CGCAUGAUCAGAGGAAAAAAAUAAACUAAAUAAAAAUUGAAAGACGUGUCAAGGUGCGUUUCGGUAGUGCAGUGCGCAUAUGUGCAAUUAAGCAGGCAUUCCCCUCAACGGCCGUUCUGCUUGAUUGAUGCAAAACUGAGAAAAGUCUCUAAACAACCCCGACUCAUGCAGAACUCCCUUCCCUCAUAAGCUCCACCAGCAGGACCAGUGAAGACACAGGGCACUACAGAUUCGCCAGGGUCGCCAGGGUCGCCCUAGCAUAUUCUUGUCUGGCUACUCGCCACCCACCUGCACCACUUCGACCAGAAUCCCACUCCAUCCAAUUGCCCAAUACCAGCACACAACCAACAGGCAGCUCCAACAAGAGGGCUUUGACGACAAUGCCAGCGUCAAUAGCAGUCCUGUUUCUGAGACACGAAUCCUUGUAAACCUGCGGCUAGCUACCCACAUCGACCAAACCCAUCAUCCGCCGCCGUCAAGAGAGGGGACUGCCGGCCAGACAGACGAGAGGAAACAAACGACGUACAGUGCUGUGCGUCCGGCAGUGCUGGUAGAGGGAUUCGGCUGUUUCAACCCACACCCCCUCCCUACGCGGCCGGAUUCGCCAUGUCUUCAGCCGACAAGUCCUCGAGGCAAUCCUCAGGCGGCAAGUCCUUCUUCUCACGAAGCAAGAACAAGGACAGACGAAACACCAGCGACGACUCCAACGGCCGUUAUCUCGUAGGCGGCGACCAAGACCAUGCCAGCAUAAUCUCAUCCCGCGCCUCUUCGCGACACCAACGGGACUCUUCCGUUGUAUCUAUAGAUGCCCCAGACUCACCGAACCCGGGCCUUAACCAUAUGGCUGGUGUUAUCACCUCCAUUCCAUAUGACAACGUUCCACCGGACCGUCGCUCCCCCAUACCCACCGAAUAUCUGCCCAAGGGCGACCAGGCACCUGUGCGCCGCGACCCUCUGCCGCACCAACUAAACAAGGCCGGCUCCGACUUUCAUCAAUAUCCUAAUUUUGACACCAACUCGAUGGAUUACAAUCGAAUCUCCCACUCGUCCCAGGGGGCGCCGCGAGUAGUCCCGGGCUCCAACGUCACCAUGGCUUCAACUGGUCGCCAGACUCAGUUCCAGCAAUGGGGCCCCGCCCGGGACAGCGGCUUCGGGGCUGGCUCACACAACUCACGAUAUAAUUCAUACGCUACAUCGGCUGGCCGUAGUUCUGCCGACCAAUCUAGUAUAUAUUCUGCUUUACCUAGCGCAUCGUCUCAAAGCUCAUAUCCCGUACAGUCUCCAAGAGAAUCCCACCGGCUCACCAAAUUCCCUGGGUCGCCCUCUGCUGUUGUUCAAGGUUCCAGCGAAGAUUUUAGACUAGCGAAACCCGACGAUGACCACAUAAUCGAGCAAAUGUUUCUUGCUUUGAUGCAAAAGCGCGGCUGGCACAACCUCCCUGAUCAAGCUCGCCGGCAAAUGGUUGCAUACCCUGCCGCCAAGAAAUGGACCCUGAUUUAUCAAGACCGUUUGAGCGAGUGGCAGGGCGAACAGCGCAGGAGGCAGACCGCAAGGCCAGGGCAAAUUCAAAGCUUCGAUGUUACAACCUUUUCUGACGAGGAGGGGACGCCCGAGUGGUAUGUGAGGAAAGUUAUGGACAACAGCCUGGACACCAAGCUACUCGGUAGCCUCGAGGUCAGCCUCCGAACCCAGCAGAUCAACUGGGUCAAGCGUUUUAUAGAAUGUCAGGGUCAGGUAGCUUUGACGAACGUCUUGAUGAAGAUCAACCGAAAGACAGCAUCAGGGCCGGCGGGCGUGACCUCGGAUGCGAAGAAUGACAAGAACCUUGAUCGGGAAUAUGAAAUUGCCAAGUGCCUCAAGGCUCUGAUGAACAACAAGUUCGGCGCCGACGAUGCGCUCGCCCACCAAAACGUCAUUGUCGCACUGGCGACAUCCUUGAUGUCUCCGCGACUCCAUACCCGGAAGCUUGUCAGCGAGGUCUUGACGUUUUUGUGUCAUUGGGCAGAUGGCGAGGGCCACCUCAAGGUCAUACAAGCGUUGGACUAUGUAAAAAACCAGACUGGGGAGAAUGGCAGGUUUGACGCAUGGAUGAGACUGGUCGAGGUCACCGUGGACGGCCGAGGCAAGAUGGGCAGUCUGGUCGGUGCAAGUGACGAGAUGCGCAGCGGCGGCGUCGGCGCGGAGAACCUGCUCAUGGAGUACGCUGUCGCGACGCUCAUACUGAUCAACAUGAUUAUCGAUUCUCCGGAGAAGGAUCUCCAGCUUCGGCUGCACAUCCGAGCGCAGUUCAACGCAUGUGGUAUUAAGCGUAUCCUCACCAAGAUGGAGGCAUUUCAGUAUGACCUCAUCGACAAGCAGAUCGAGCGUUUCCGCUCCAACGAGGCCAUCGACUAUGAGGAUAUGCUUGAUAGAGAAAACAGCAGUAUCAAGGACAAUGUCGAGGGCGAAAUCAAGGACCUGAACGAUCCUGUCCAGAUCGUGGAUGCCAUACAAAGUCGACUGCAGGGUUCUAGGACGCAUGACUACUUCGUCUCGGCUCUCCAGCACCUGCUUCUGAUUCGGGAGAAUGAUGGCGAGGAGCGUCUUCGGAUGUUCCAGCUCGUGGACUCGAUGCUCAGUUACGUUGCGAUGGAUCGUAGGCUCCCGGACAUGGACCUCAAGCAGAGCCUCAAUUUCACGGUGCAGAGCUUGCUAGACAAACUGCAUACGGACUCGGAGGCCCGGCAGGCUCACGACGAUGCUCUCGAGGCACGGCAGAUAGCGGAUGCCGCUAUGGCCGAGAGGGACGAGAUGAAGGCCCAGCUUGAGCUCGGUGCUGAUGGACUGGUGGCAAAGCUUCAAAGGCAACUAGACGAGCAAGCCAGGUUCAUAGAAGCCCAGAAGAGACAGGCGGAUGGACUUAAAUCAGAGCUUGAAAACCUGCAAACUAUCCGUGCUAAGGAGGCCCAGAGAUAUGAACUGGAGACGCGAGAGCUGUACUUGAUGCUCCGGGACGCCCAGGAUGUCGCUGCAUCGCAGGCCGUCAAAGGCGUCAAGGCGGUUGGCAAUGAUGAAGCCGCUCGUGUACAGCAGCAAGGAAUCCUUGACCGCGAUAGGCUUAUGGAGCGACUUCAGAUGCAGAUUGAACGACAAAAGACGCAGUUCAAACUCGAGGGCAGGGUCUGGGGCGAGGCAGCCGGCCCAUCGGACAGGCUCCGUGCUUUGCGGGAAGAGAUGGACGGAAUUGGCGGAGACCCGGAAAUGGAGGAACAGGGAGGUACUGUGUCGGGAACGGCGCCAAGGGAUUUGACUAACAGCAUGCUCGGGAGCGUCAAGCGCCAGACCCGUGUUUCCCGAAAACCCGUCAAAACGUCUGCGAACCUGGUACCAGGCGCGGUUACAGAAGAGGAUAUCCCCGAGGAAGACGACGAGGACGUCAUUUACGAGAAGCCACGCGUUGUCGAGAUCAGGAGGCCAACCGUCGACCCCAAGCAACAGGCUGGUCUGCUCAACGAGAUUGCCGGCAAAGUCAAACGAUACGACGGCAGCGACUCGGAAGAUGCAGAGGAUGGCGUUACUACUGGCCCAACGCAUCCUAGUGUCGAGUCUCAAACGCCUCUCACGCCCAAGGACCAGGAGCCUCCCAAGACUCCAAAGAUCGAAGUCACACCAGCCAUGGAUGGGGUCGUUGGUGCAGCCGCGCCGCCACCCCCGCCUCCGCCUCCGCCUCCCCCAAUGCCAGGACAACUCCCCGGAGCACCACCGCCACCUCCUCCGGCGCCUCCUCUACCUGGUACCGCUGGAACACCUGCACCGCCGCCGCCCCCUCCUCCACCUCCUUUGCCCGGCAAGGGCAUGCCAGCGCCGCCACCGCCGCCACCACCACCACCCCCUCCUCUGCCUGGCAUGAAGGGUAUGCCUCCGCCACCGCCUCCUCCAAUGCCGGGCUCAAUGUCAGGCCAUUUCCUAGCAAAACAGCCUGGUUUUGUUGCGCCUACAAUCGGGCUGCCCGUUGUGCGGCCGAAAAAGAAGCUCAAGGCGCUGCAUUGGGACAAGGUCGACGCGCCAUCAACAACUCACUGGGCAGCGCAUGCACCUUCUGCUGAGGAACGCGAGGAGAAGUAUCUUGAGCUGAGCCGCAAGGGUAUUCUUGAUGAAGUUGAGAAGCUCUUCAUGGCCAAGGAGACAAAGAUGAUUGGCAAGGGGCAAUCACACAAAGAUGACAAGAAGCAGAUUAUUUCUGCUGAUUUGCGGAAAGCCUAUGAAAUUGCCUUUGCCAAGUUCUCAAGCUACUCAGUUGAGAAGAUUGUGCAAAUCAUUAUACACUGCGACAAGGAAGUUCUCGACAACAAUGUGGUCAUGGACUUUUUGCAGAGAGAAGACUUGUGCAAUAUACCUGAAAACAUAAAGAAGCAGAUGGCACCGUACAGCAAGGACUGGACGGCGCCCAAAGCCAUGGAAGAGGCACGCGAACAAGACCCUGCGGAGCUUACUCGGCAGGAUCAGAUAUUCCUGAUGACUGCCUUUGACCUCAACCACUAUUGGAAUAGCAGGAUGCGGGCACUGGCUCUCACCCGAAGCUUUGAGCCAGACUACGAAGAGAUCUCGGAGAAGAUUCGGCAGGUGGUCAGCGUGUCCGAGUCGCUAAGAGACUCGGUAUCGUUGAUGAACGUUCUUGGGUUGAUUUUGGAUAUCGGUAACUACAUGAACGACGCCAACAAGCAGGCGCGUGGCUUCAAGCUGAGCUCCCUGGCGCGCCUGGGCAUGGUCAAGGACGAGAAGAACGAGUCGACAUUGGCCGACUUGGUGGAGCGAAUCGUUCGACAACAGUACCCCGAAUGGGAGAGUUUUGCGACCGACAUUGGGGGCGUAUUGACUGCGCAGAAGAUCAACAUCGAGCAACUGCAGACGGACGCAAGAAAGUACGUGGACAACAUCAAGAACGUGCAAAGGGCGUUAGACUCUGGGAAGCUCUCCGACCCGACAAAAUUUCACCCACAGGACCGCGUAUCCCAGGUGGUACAGCGCUGCAUGAAGGACGCACGGCGCAAGGCGGACCAGAUGUCACUUUAUCUGGAGGAGAUGGUGCGGACGUACAACGACAUCAUGACGUUUUAUGGAGAAGACCCGGCAGACGAGAACGCUCGUCGCGACUUCUUUGCCAAGCUGGCGCUGUUUGUUAACGACUGGAAGAAGUCACGCGAAAAGAAUGUCCAGAUCGAGGAGACACGGCGCAAGAACGAGGCGAGCAUGAAGCGCAAGCAGGCCCAGUUGAAGCCACUCGGCAUUGGAGGCCCAUCGGACGUCGGGCCGGUCAGCCCCAGCAGCGCGGGCGCCAUGGACAGUCUCUUGGAGAAGCUGCGCGCGGCGGCACCGCAGGCGCGCGACCAGCGCGACCGAAGGCGGCGUGCGCGACUCAAGGACAGGCAUCAGGUACGCAUUGCGUCAGGCCAGAAGAUCCCAGACCUCAACGAGAUCCCAGAGGUCGAAGCGGGUCUGCAGACUGGCAGGAGCACGACUAGCUCACGCGCCACGGACGACGACGGCAACCUGCUGAGCCCCGACUUCGCGUCCCUGGGCUCGCCCAAGUCGGCGGACGAAAACGACGUGGCCCAGCGCGCGGCCAUGAUGCUUCAGGGAAUGCGAGACGGCGAAGGUCCUGAAGAUGCGGAGAAGCGGGAAAUGAUGCGGCGGGCGCGACGGCAGACUGCCGAGGAGGAGCGUCGGGCCCGGAGAAGAAGGAGAGAACAAGCAGGCUCGACAAUCAGUAGCCACGGGGGUGACUUGGAAGAGAGGGCAGAAGAGGGGGGCGGCGACGGGGCAGAGGACGCGAAUGGGGACUUGCUGACGCCGAAGCCGGAGCAGGAGCCAGGGUCCGAGUCAGAGCCCAAGUCGGAAGCCACGGUAGCUGCUGCGACGUGAGGCUCUUCAUUGUCGAAUAUAUCUGAAGUGCAAGAGUAUCGAUACAUCACCACGUCACGUCAUGUCAUAUUAACCCAUCAUACAACCGACAUCUUCGUACAUAAUGUUUACUGCAUGCCCUUUCUCUGAGAGAAGGGCCAGGACCGGAAGCCAUAGAGGAGACUAGAAAGGUCAGCGUCCAGCAUUUAGAUACGGGUCCAGCAUUUAGUAUCUAGAUAGGUAGCUGCUUACCUACAGCAGCUCACCAAGCAAAGAAAGAUCUUCAGGGCGGGGAGGGCAGAUGAGGGCAAGUUUCAGAAAAGCUAGAGACCCUCGUAUAAAUGACAAAAACUUUAUAUAAUGGA